AUGAGCCCCUUUCGCAUUGUCUUUGGGAAGCCUUGUCAUCUUCCAGUUGAAAUCCAACACAAGGCGUAUUGGGCGGUGAAGCAUUGCAAUCCGGAUUUAGAGGGAGCGGGAAUGGAACGCAAGCUCCAUUUGGAGGAGUUAGAAUGUCUUAGGCUAGAAGCAUAUGAGAAUUCUAAGUUUUAUAAGGAAAAGGCCAAGACAUUCCAUGACCAAAAUAUUAGGAGGAAGAGCUUUAAGAUAGGUGAUGAGGUGCUUCUAUACAACUCAAGGUUGCGGUUGAUGCCCGGAAAGUUGAGAUCUAGAUGGGAUGGUCCAUUCAAGGUGGUGGAUGUCAAGCCUUAUGGGGUGGUUGAAGUGGUGCACCCUAUCAAUGGAACUACAUUCCAAAUCAACGAUCAUAGGGUGAAACCUUACCACGCACAACCCAAGCAUGCCAAGGAGUUUGAGAUUUUCCUCCUUAGAGAGGUUCCAAAUAAUCAAUUAACUCAUGCAAGUGCAACCUGGGACUUUAAACCAAAGUGUUAG